UGCCGGCGAGCUGUGCCCUGGGGGAGGCCGGGGAGACUGCGGGCGGAGGAGGAGGAGGGCAAGAGGAGGAUGAGGAGGAGCCAGGCACCACGACCAGCGGACUGGAGGGGGGAGUGGGCUGUCGGAGGGGUGUGAAAGCCAGCCUCCAUCACACUGCCUCGCCCAUGAGGGUGCAGAGAAACAAGGGGGCCAGCGCCUGCUCACACUCCUUCACGUCCGACUGUGAGCUCUCGCUUGACCUCAAAAGCACACAGAUCGAAAUGCUAGAGUACAAGUACGGGGGUGACCUGAUAUCGCGCCGGGCAGCCUGCACUAUCCAGACAGCCUUCCGACAGUACCAACUGAGCAAGAACUUUGAAAAGAUCCGCAACUCGCUACUGGAGAACCGUCUGCCGCGCCGCACCUCCCUGCGCAAACUGCGGGUACACAACACGGAGGGCUUCUCCGCCGAGAAGGCCCUGGUGGAGGGCUUCAACGUCAUGGGCAUCCCCCUGGUGCGCUCGCCCUCCCUCCCGGCCUCCAUCAGCGGGGCUCUGACCGAGCUUGAGGAUUCCUUCAACGAGCAGGUGCAGUCCCUGGCCAAGUCCAUCGACGACGCCCUCAGCACCUGGAGCCUGAAGACCAUGUGCUCCCUCCAGGACGUUGGCACCUACCAGUUCACGGAGACCUUCUGCAAAGCCGUGUCGGGCCUGGGGGACAGCAUGGUGGAGUCGGUGGGGCAUGAGAGCUCAGUGGAGGAAUCCCAGCCAGACACCCUGCCUCACAGCAGCAGCACCUUGAUGAUGGCUUUCAGAGGAGAUGUCACGGUCCAAGUCGACAACCAGAACUUCCGCAUGUCCUCCUCGCUCAAGGAUUCCGCCUCCCUCUCCCUGAGCAACUGCCUCCAGCAGGGUGGCCUGGAGGCAAAGGAUGCUGUGGAGGGGGAGCUGGAGCUCAAGGGGGGCCCCCAGGAUCCCGGGGAGGACCUGAACGAGUUCCCUGCCCCACCGCCCAGCGAGGAGGAGGUGGAGGAGGAGCCACUAUUGGCCCUGCAGAAGAUGGAGAAUGGAGAGUCAGGGGUGGAGGUGAAGAGGGCCGAGUCGGAGACGGCUGACAACAGCUCAGAGCAGACGACCAGCAGCAGCACCUCCACCUCGGCCAAGUCUGUCUCCAAGGCGUCGUCCAAGGAGGCCCUGCAGGCCAUGAUCCUCAGCCUGCCCCAUUACCACUGUGAGAACCCAGCCAGCUGCAAGUCCCCCACCCUCUCCACCGACAUGAUGAGGAAGAGACUGUACAGGAUUGGGCUGAACCUCUUCAACGUGAACCCAGACAAAGGGAUCCAGUUCCUGAUCUCGCGGGGCUUCAUCCCGGACACACCCAUCAGAGUGGCACACUUCCUGCUGCAGCGGAAGGGGCUGAGCCGGCAGAUGAUUGGAGAAUUCCUGGGGAACAGCAAGAAGCAGUUUAACCGGGACGUGCUGGACGGUGUGGUGGAUGAGAUGGAUUUCUCCGGGAUGGAGCUUGACGAAGCUCUCAGGAAGUUCCAGGCACACAUCCAUGUUCAAGGGGAAGCCCAGAAGGUAGAGCGGCUCAUUGAGGCGUUCAGCCAGCGCUACUGUAUAUGUAACCCGGAUGUGGUCCAGCAGUUCCACAACCCCGACACCAUCUUCAUCCUGGCAUUCGCCAUCAUACUGCUCAACACUGACAUGUACAGCGCCAACAUCAAGGCAGACCGCAAGAUGAUGCUGGAGGACUUCAUUCGCAACCUGCGCGGCGUGGACGAUGGAGAGGAUAUCCCACGGGAGAUGGUGGUCGGGAUCUACGAGCGCAUCCAGCAGAGAGAGCUGCGCUCCAAUGAGGAUCACGUGACCUAUGUGACCAAGGUGGAGCAGUCCAUCCUAGGGAUGAAAACCGUGAGUCUGCAGAGAGAGGGAGAGGGAGGGGGAGGGAAGAAGAGAAAAGGGGGCUGCUUGACAGUCUUCUCCUUUUUCCAGGUGCUAUCUGUCCCUCACAGGAGGCUGGUGUGCUGCAGUCGUCUCUUUGAGGUCACCGAUGUCAACAAAGCCCAGAAACAGGCAGCGCACCAGAGAGAGGUGUUCCUCUUCAAUGAUCUGAUGGUGAUCCUCAAGCUGUGUCCGAAGAAGAAGAGCUCAGCCACCUAUACAUUCUGCAAGGUAGUGGCGCUCCAGGGGAUGCAGUUCCACCUGUUUGAGAACGAGUAUUACCCCCAUGGCAUCUCCCUCGUGUCUCCCUACUCCGGCUCCAGUAAGAAGCAGGUUUUGCACUUCUCUGCCCAGAGUGCUGAGGAGCUGCUGAAGUUUGUGGAGGACCUGAAAGAGUCCAUCGGAGAGGUGACAGAGAUGGAGCAGAUCCGCAUCGAAUGGGAGCUGGAGAAACAGCAGGGAACGAAUAUGAAGAACACCAGCUGACAGCUGGAGCUUCGGAGCAAGCAGCAGGACUCCCCUCCAGGUGUCAAUUCACAACAGGCUCCAAACGUACCAGCUCAGUGCAACCCGGACUGAAGAGACUGGAGCCCUCCUGGACCCCCUUCCUAAUCAGAGGGUGAGUCCCCAAAAUGCCAGCCCAGAACAGACCUGUCCCUGGACACACUCAUCUAGUGCCAGCAGAUUUUCAAGGUCAUCGUCCUGGACAAGGAUAGCCACGAGCACAUGGAGGCCAUCUUGAGCCACACCCCCACCCACCAGCUCAUCCAAUCCAGCGCCUCCACUCCCAUGAGGUCACCCGAGGGCAGGCUCCAGGGGAUGCCCAUGAAGGUCACACAUCAGCUCCCACUGCCCCCGUCGCCACCCCCCUACAACCACCGGCACUGGCCCCCCAACCCACUCAUGGACCGGAGGCGCUACUCCAGCGGGUCACGCAGUUUAGUGUGAAGAACAGCAGUAUAAGCAUUUUAUUCAGAAUAUUCUGAUAUU